UUAUUUUUAUUGUAUCUGGAUACGUCUGCUAAAAAAAGACAAAAUGCGAGAUUGAGAUUUUAUAGACUAAUAUUUUUUUUAAGUUUUAAACGCGGGAUUUUUUAAAAUCUGUAAUCUAGAGUAUUGUCAAGGUUUUAAUCUUGUAGUAUGGUAUAGAUGUAGAUCUAUAUCUAAAUGGACAACCUGUUAAAAGAUAUAAAAGAAGCGCAAAGUGAGAAAUGCUUACUGGAGAAAGACUUAAGUGAUAAAAGACAACAACGGAGCCAACUAGAACAUGACUAUGAACUAGCAAAAGAAUGUAGCAGUCAAGUGCAACAUAACCAUAUACAGUUAUCGGACUCCUCAGCUGUAGCCGAGCAGAAGGUCUCCCAUAUUCAGGACAUUUCAUUGAGUUUUCAAGAAGAGCUCAGUGAGUGUAUGAAUAAAUUGAAUUCUUUACAACAAGUUUUAGAUGCUGAAAAACAGACUCAGAUUACAGCAAUUAAUGAACUGGAAACUACCUUGGGUAAAAUAGCCACAGACCUUUUUCAAGCCAAGAAACAGUAUAAUAAAAUAUCUCUAAACAAUGCCAUUAAUGAGACAAGGAUAACUUUGCAGGCUGCACAGCUAAUAGUUGAUAAUGACAGUAAAGAACUUCCCCUUUUGAGCAAGCAUUUGGAACAAUUAAAUGUUGAAGAAAAGAAAUCUAAUAGUGCUUUGAAGAAUGUCUUGUCAAUAUGUUUAAGACUAUUAGAGAGAGACAGGAUCGAUGCACUACAACACCUUAACUCUAAAUAAAAGGAAGGAAACAGGAGUGUAUUUAGCCAGCUUUGAUAACUUUUAACCCUAUGUAAAAAUAAUUUUCAAACCAAGUAAAGGAAAAGCAUUUCUUGAAAAUGGUUCAAAUUUAGUUAUCAAAGUAUGUAACAAUUUCAUUAAAACAAUUAUUUCUUUUCAUUGUUAUAGCAUUCUUUUUUCUUUGGGUGGGGUAAGUAGGGAAGGGAGCUAAAAGCAGUAGCAAAAAACUGAAAGAUCUUCAAUGGUUAAAAAAAAAAGUUAAAUUUAAUAGAACCUUUAUAUGGUACCAGAAAAUAACUUUAAAAUGUUAAUGUACAAAUCUACUAUUAAUAUAUUGAUGAGUCCUAAUAGUUAAAGUUUUAUUUUGCUGUUGUUUCUUUUUGGUGAUUACUCUGUAAUAUUAUUAAAUGAAAAGGAACAUAAAAAAAAUAUUCUUUUUAAUUUACCAUAAAUUAUAAUGUGUCUAUUUAUUUCUUUAAAAAAAAAAAAGUAUUUUUAUUCAAACAUAUGUCAUAAUAUGUACAAGAAGCAAAUCAAGUCCAUUACACAUGAAAUAUAACUGAUGAGAUAAAUAUUUAGUGCUUCAUUAGGAGAUGGGUGAUGUGAAUCUUUACUUUUUUU